AUGACCGUACUGAACAACCCCCCAGCCACCAUCUUCGCCAUCAUCGUAGGCGCUGGCCCAGUCGGCCUGUACACUGCGAUUGCGCUGUCUCACUUUGGAUACAGAUGCGUAGUCCUCGAGCGCAAAAAGGUCCGUCGGCUGCAACAGCCGAAAGCGCACGCCAUCAACUCUCGAUCAUUGGAGAUCUUUCGACAAAUCGGCAUCCCAGUCCCGACGCUGAGGAGCCUCGGGGCAACUGCUGAUGAUUCUGAUGUCCUGCGCUUCGAAUCAUCUCUGGCAGGGGUGGAGUACGGCAAGUUUAGGUACGAGCGUCAAGACGAGGACGUCAAGGCGUUUACGCCGGAGCCCCUGGCCAACAUCCCUCAGCCGGCGCUCGAAACGUUUCUUCGAGAUUAUGCCGAGGCCACUGGUCUUGUCACCAUCUUUGAUGGCUGGCAAUGGCAAUCCUUCACGCAAAAGCCGCAUCAUGAUGUCCUGUCCGAGGUGCUCAACGUGGAGAACGGAACCAGCACGUACAUUGCGAGCAAGUAUCUUUUCGCUUGCGACGGCGCCCACUCACGCGCCCGCACGGCACUCGGUAUCCCCUUGAGAAUUCCGCAAAGCGCCUAUCCUUCCACAAUUCGCUAUGUCUCAAUCACGAUCAAGACCGACUGGACCAAGUACCGAAGCGGGAUGCUCCAUGUCAUCAUUCAAGGCCAGAACUUGAGGGUGUUCAUUACCUACGACCGCAAGUCGUCUUGGGUCUUUAUGUUUGGUAUAUCGCAUGACGAUCCUACUGACAAGUUCACCGAAGAGUUCUGCCGUGAGGCUAUUGAUAAGGCUGUUGGUGAGAAGACAGACUACGAAAUCGUCAACACCUGUUUCUGGGAGGCAGGGCUGAGUAUCUCGGACUUUUAUCGAUCCAAGACGGUUCCCAAUGCUUUCGUCCUCGGAGAUGCCGCGCACACGUUCCCCAACGCUGGCGGUCUUGGCGUCAACACGGGCUUUGCCGACGCGCACAACCUCGUGUGGAAGAUUGCGGCCGUGGAGAAGAGAUGGUCUCGGCAGCCCGACACGCUUCUGGACAGUUAUACGCUGGAGAGGAGGCCGGUGGCCGAAGCCAGCUGCAAGAUCAGCGACCACAACCAGUUCCGCAUUACGGAAGUAUGCUCCAAGGUCAGUUCCGUCAUGGGGGACAAUCCCCUCGAGAACCACAAGGACCACGAGAAGCGAAAGUUCCUUCAAGACACCAUCAGCGCCCAGUGGUCUUUCAGCGACCAUCUGAAUCUUCACAUUGGGUACGUCUACGGCCUGGACGAUCUCGGGUAUGAGCCGCAAGGGGAUGAAGAGAUUCCUGCCAACAGCGCCUUCUUCAAACAGCAGUGCGUCCCCGGUGUGCGGCUUCCACACGCCUGGGUCACUUGUCGAGGCAACACCAUCUCGACCCUUGACUUGGUCAAAUUUUCCAAGUUCACAGUGCUCGCGGCGGCAGGCCACAAAGUCUUGCCGACGUCGACAAAAGGUCCCAACGGAAUUCCCCUUGUUUUCCAGCAAUUGGGUCGUGAUUUCAUGGACGAGAAGGGCGACUGGUCUACCAUUAUGGGUCUUGAAGACGGAACAGGCUUCAUUGUUGUCCGGCCCGAUCAGCACAUUCUCGGUCGAGCUGCCACAGUCGACCAAGUUGAAGAGCUGUUGGUGAAGGGGGUGCUGUAG